UUCCUGGCUCCAGAGUUCAAAUUUCAUUUCAUAAUUAUUUAUUUCACACAAUAAAAUAUAUUAUAUACAAUUAUUCACGUUUUUUUAAUAAUAUUUCAAAAUAUAUAUCCAUAAAAUGGCGGAUGCCAUACACAGUGCGCCGAAUUAUGAAAGUGAUCAAAUGGAUGUUUCGAAAUCCAGUGAAUGUGAAUCAACAAACUAUACAAAUUGCUCUCACAUUGUUAAAGUAUUUGAAGUACUACAAUCUUUACGCAAAGAUGAAGCUUUGUGUGAUAUUGCAUUGAAAACGGAUGAUGGUACAACAAUAUUUGGUCAUAGGGUUGUAUUAAUGUCUGCUAGUCAAUAUUUUCUGGCAAUGUUCAGUAAUUUCAAUGAAAGCAAAAAAGAUGUUGUUAAUAUAAAAGAGUUAGAUUCAACCGUUUUGCAACUGUUGGUGGAUUAUAUUUACACUGGCCAAAUUAUGAUAAGCAAAGAAAAUGUACAGGUUCUGUUACCAGCAGCAAAUUUCUUUCAGUUAGACUUUGUAAAAAGCGCGUGUAUUGAGUUUUUACAAACACAACUAGAUCCUCAACAUUGUAUUGGUAUUAGAGCAUUUGCUGACUUACAUAACUGUUUAGAAUUGUUGUCAAGUUCUGAAGCAUACAUUAGAAAAAAGUUUCUAGAUGUGGUUAAAGGUAAAGAAUUUCUAUCUUUAUCUACUGAAGAAGUGAUUGAGCUUAUCUCCAGUAAUGUUCUUAAUGCCCCAUCUGAAGAAAAAGUUUAUGAAUGUGUCAUUAAAUGGGUAAACUAUAAACUAAAUGAUAGAUAUGAUAGUUUGCCUAAAUUAAUGGAACAUGUACGUUUGCCACUAGCAUCUUUAGACUACAUAUCAACUAAUGUAGUUGUAGAACCUCUUCUUAAAAACAGUCUUAAAUGUAAAGAUUAUAUAAUAGAAGCUUUUCAAUUACAUGCACUUAAGACACAACAGCUUGUAACUAUUCCACAAACUAUUCGAAAUACACCUAGAAAGUCUGGACAAAAGGUUAUUCUAGUGUUCAGUCAUCAUGAAGAAAAUGAUUUUUGGGAAAUCCACUGGUAUGACCCAACAACUAGCUUGUGGCAAUUUUCAACAAAAAUUAAUUUGGAUUAUCAUUUUUGUCAUGGUUUAGCCUUAAUUAAAGAUAACUUUGUGUUUGCUAUGUGUAAUGAGUCAUGCGUUUUAAUGCUUGAUUUAUCUUUACAAUCCUCUAGUUUGGUAUCUAUAAAUGACUUGUCAGUCGAAAGAUGUGAUUACGGAUUUGGUGUUUUAGACGACUGUUUAUAUGUAGUUGGCGGAUUCAGUUUGAGUAUUGGAUGUUUGAAUAGUGCAGAAGUCUUUGAUAUGAAUUAUCAAGAAUGGAGAAUGAUAUCUAAUAUGGAUACCAAGAGAUAUGAUAUGGGUGUCGGAGUACUCAAUAACCUUUUAUAUGUGAUAGGAGGAUGUUCUCAUGAUGUUGAUGGUGGUAGUAUUUCAUAUUUGAAAUCUGUCGAAUGUUAUGAUCCCACUCUUGACACAUGGACAUCAGUUGUUGAAAUGUCAGUAUGUCGCAGUAAUGUUUCGGUGGGUGUUUUGGAUGGUUUUUUGUAUGCUGUUGGAGGUAGAAAUGAAUCAGGAUGUCUUAGAAGUGUAGAAGUCUACAAACCUGGUUCUAGAGCUUGGACAUAUAUUGCUGAUUUGCAUUUGCCUCACUACAGUUAUAUAUUAAGUGUAUUAGAUGGCUUGCUGUAUGUUAUUGCUGGAUUUAAUGAUCUGUCAGAAGAGCAGUUGGGUUCUAUAGAAAUAUACAAUCCCAACACCAAUACCUGGUCCAUAGAAAAAUUGCCGAAAAGUAACUAUGAUUAUGUUGAUGGAGUAAUCGUAGAUAAAACAGUAGUCACCAAAUUUCAUAAUUAUUUUUCCCAUUGUUAGUAUACUAUGGAUCAUACACAAUGAUACAUUGAUGUACAUUAUUUUGUGUUAUUUAUUAUAAACCAUUUAUUAAAAUUUUAUCAAUUUGUAAUUGUUUGAUCUAAAUGUUUUUAUAUUUUUAAACUAAUAUAUUAUAUUUGUUCAAAUAAAAAUGCUCAUUAAAGCUGAAUAUAAUGUGUUAAUGUUUUAUCAUAAUAUGUAUAAUUA